AUGUUUUUGCCCUGCGGCAUCGAUAAGGUUCCUUGAGCUGCUUUUCUUUUUUUUAUGACGUCUCCAGUUCGCCGCCUGGCUCAGAUUUCCUUUGCAUCCAAUCUCGGAAUUAAGUUCGUCCAUUUUUCAGUAGGCAACCUUCCAAGUUCCAGUCCUGUAGAGCGCGUAGUUCGCCAGCAAGCACUCGUUCGUCACUUCGGCGCGAUUUGUCCUCGCAACCUUUUUUGCCGACGUAACUCCGUUGACUGUUUCCUUUGUUUUUGAGUCGGCCACUCUGCAUUGUCAGCGAUUGUUUGUCUCUUUGUGACAGUUUCGCAGCCAUCUUGCCAUGCUCUCGACACAGACAAGGUCCCGCGCUGUCUUCGCUCGCUAGGAAGGUCAAAGCGACGAAUUCCUUUUCAGCAGGAAACACAACUGUCGCAUGCACGCUAUCCCCGGAGGACGGUUUUGCUCGUUGACAAGAAACUGUCUGCCAGUAGCUCCACUCUUCUUUCGCUGACCGCAUUUGGCCAACUGCUAUUUUCCGUCCUAUAUAUCGUCGGUUCGCGAACGUGAAAACCCACCAAACCAGAUAUUCGCCGUCUUGAAAAACAUGCCAUCGAUUCGCGACGAAGUGUCCUUCGAAAAGAGGACAGCGGAGGCACACCGCAUUCGGGCAAAGUAUCCCAACCGAAUUCCGGUCAUCUGCGAAAAAGCUCCCCGGUCGGACCUGCCAGUGAUUGACAAGAAGAAGUUCCUCGUGCCGAUGAACAUGCUUGUCGGAGAGUUCAAGUACAUCAUCCACAAACACAUCAACCAGUGCGCACAGAACAGCGGCUUGCCGCUGACUCACGAGAAAACGAUUUAUUUGUUUGUUGAAAAUACGGCACCGAAGGCGGGUGCCUUGAUGCAGGAAGUGUAUGAGCAGCACGUGUCUGAUGACGGCUUUCUGUACGUGGAAUACUCUUCAGAGAACACUCUGGGGUAAGGGAGUGUCGCGGCCGGCGUUGCGGCAAAAAAACAGACAGGAAGAGGAGACAGGCGCUUUUCUUUCUGCCCAUCGUUUUUGGCUCACACGCGGUACAGGGAAAAUGCUCAAAAAGGGUCGAUGUGCAGCUGCUUUUUGGCUGUGCCUACCAGAGCGCGAAGGCGCGUCGCUCGUUUCUGCAGCCUCCAUGGGAAAGGUUUCUGAGUGAAGCCUAUUUGUUUUUGGGACUUAAAGGGAAGAUGGAAAAUAUGUUUGGCCAGACUAAGAGUGACAGUGGGAACCUGCGAACUUUCGUGUCGUUUUUCUUCUCGCAAACGUCAGAGAAACGCGAGGAAUGCAUCGAAUGGCAGAGGUUGCACUUCUUCAGCCGUUUUGUGCGCUGUCGGACUUUUUUCCGCUAUUGCGUUCUACCUCGAAAAAACGGCUAGGGCGCUGAGUUACUGUGCAACAAACUGUAGAGAAAAACAUCAUGUGACAUCGCACUCUUCCGC